GAUGCCAUGACGUUAGUGGCCAAACUAGAUAACGUUAAAAACAUUACCAGCUUGCUCAAAGCUAUCCAUUUCAAUGAGCUUGCAACCUGUUUUCUCAGCAGCAACGGUAUAAAAGUAACUGUCGAAGAAGCUCAUUGUGUUCAAGCUAAUGCCUUUAUCCAAGCUGCUAUCUUUCAAGAAUAUUCAUGCAAAGAAGAUGGAGAAAUUUUUACUAUUAAUUUGACUGUAUUGUUGGAAUGUCUAUCCAUCUUUGGCAAUUCGUCUCCAAACACAACAGCUGCAAUGAAAAUGUGUUAUAAUGGCUAUGGAAAUCCAUUAAUACUGAUGCUAGAAGAAAAUGAAGUUCUUACAGAUUGUAACAUUCAGACUCAAGAAUCUUCGGAAAUCUUAGAUUUCAAUUUCUUAAGUACCAAUGUUAUUAAUAAAAUUAUUAUGAAGUCAGAAUGCCUGAAAGAAGCAUUUAGUGAGCUUGAUAUGACAAGUGAAGUGAUAGAAAUCCUUAUGUCUCCAACAACACCUUAUUUUCGCUUAUCAACUUUUGGAGAUUAUGGCGAUAUUCAUUUUGAUUAUCCAAAAGAUUCCGAAAUGGUAGAAUCUUUCGAAUGCCGUCAAUUACAAAUUAACAAAUAUAAAAUUACUCUGAUAAAGCCUUCAGUGAAAGCCUUAACAUUAUCCAGCAAGAUAUCAAUUCGUAUGGAUAAUCGUGGAUUUUUAUCUCUGCAAUUUAUGAUUCAAAAUGACGAUAAUCAAAUAUCAUUCGUUGAGUAUUUAGUAAGUUCUUGUUUCAACAUUGGAUCUUCUUUGACUAAUCAUGAUGAUAAACAAUUGAUACUACAUCAUUAG